CCUUUUUCCACUAUUUUUCUAUUUACUUGCUUUGUUUUACGUAUUAGAGUUUGCUUCAUGGUUGAAGCAGGUACCUGCAAACCCAGCGGCAAGCUUCGAGGGACAAAGCCUCCAGCAGGGAAAUGUAACCACGGCCAUGAUUCUGACUGUUGUGAAGAAGGCAAGCUUUACACCACGUAUACGUGUUCGCCCCAAGUUUCGGGUCAUACCAAGGCAACCCUAACUCUCAAUGGAUUUGGUCCGGGUGAAGAUGGCGGUGGGCGAUGUGAAUGUGAUCAUCAGUAUCAUAACGAUACAGAACUAAUCGUUGCCCUCUCGACGGGAUGGUUCAACAAGAAAAAUCGGUGUAUGAAUUAUAUUAACAUUCACGGAAAUGGAGAAACUGUUAAGGUUAAGGUAGUUGAUGAAUGCGACUCGACGAUGGGAUGUGAUGCCGACCAUGAUUACCAGUCUCCGUGUGACAACGACAUCGUUGAUGCCUCGGAUGCAGUUUGGGAUGCCUUGGGAGUGUAUGGAGAUAAACGCGGUGACAUGGAGAUAUACUGGUCUGAUGCUUGAUUAGCCUUUGUGCCCUCCAUAUUUGAGAAAUAUGGGUCUUUAGUCUUUUAUGUAU